AUGUCCCCAUCAGGACGAAUUGUGAUAUUAGUGACGUUGUGUCACUUUGCAGGUGAAGUACACACGAACAUUUACCAUACAACAGAACCCAAGUUGGAACAGUCACCUGAAGCCAAGACAUACCAGUUCAACAAAUACAUCAAACCAGAAGAUACUGUCAUCAACUCACCCAACUAUCCCAGACAGUACCCCCCAGACCUAAACUUGACCUGGGAGUUGAACGUUUCCUCUGGCCAAUGGGGCCUGGUGUUUUCAGAUUUUGAUCUGGGUAUUGGCAGCGACAGUUACGGCAACCCUGAUUGGCUGGAAAUUUUCGACAGGGGAGGUAAGCGUGUCAGGUACACGGUACACGUCCAGCCCUUGUUGUCUUACAUUAGUCAAGGACCACAACUGAUGAUCCAGUUUGUCAGCGAUCGAUUCAGCGACCGUAACAAAAGAGGCUUCCAGCUUCAGGUGCUCUAUGGAGCCAGCGAACGGGAAGUGCAUAUGAAAAUUAUCGAAGCGACCAAGACUGUCAAACCAAGCGAAGACGACACCAGCCUGACUCUAAUGGUCAUCACUGCGGUGCUGACUCUGGUUGCAUUCCUGGUGGUCGUCGCAGCUGUGGUCCUGAUCCGAAAGAAUUCUCAAAACAACAGAAGAGAAAACAGAAACGUCUUCGGGGUCAGACGUAACUCUGGCAUCUCUCACAGCAGAAGGACAAGAUCAGUCGAGGAAACUGCCCCCAAUGACGUGCCAGCGGAGCAGCCGAGGAGGACAGAGAGAGCCGUGCAGCGAUCCAACAGUCAGAUCAACUGGAUGGCCCGUGCACAACAGACCAGCACCAUGCAGAAAAAUGGGUCUUCGUGCUCAAACGCCUACACCUGUACUAAAGUAGUCACAGCAGCAUCAGUCACGUCUCAAGCAGCUGUCUCCUCUCUGACAGACUUCAAUAACCAUGUGACCAGAAGCUGUGAAAGUCUUAAUGAGUACAGCGAAACUGUGGACAGCUUAAACUGUACUCCAGGCACCAGCCGAACCAACCAUAAUGUGGACACCAACAACCAACAACCGCCCUCCUAUGAAGAAUCUCGUCUAAUGCCCGAAACUUACCAGAAUAAUGAACAGCUACAGUCUGGCUUGUCUGUUUGUUACGAGAACUUGACAACUAACGUCUGCAAGACGCGACAGCACCUGGCAACUGAAACCAACAUCUACAUAAACACAGCCAGGAACUCAGGAAGUAGAGGCUCCAUCAACGAAAUCACCAUCGAUGCCAACAGAUGUACCAUAAAGGCAACACGCGGGGAGACUCCAGAGGAUAGAUCAUCCAUCAGUAAAUCAGCUAUAAACAACGACGGCCCAACAACCAACAUUGUCAUUUAUCAAAAUGUAUCCGUCAACAAACAGUCGGAAAGUGAAACCAACCAGCCGUCUUCUUCGUCUGUUCAAAUUAUCGAUGGGUACGCGUUCAUUGUACCGUCGUCUGAUCACAUGGUCAGUCAUAAUUUGGUAUCGCAGCAUGCUACUGUAGACAGAGGGAGGGAAGCACAACCUCUAGGAAAUAACUGGAUGACACCUAACGCUACACACGACGACGCAGAAGCAGCCCCGGAACAGCCCUCCACUGGUGCUUGUAACGAUAUUUAUGUAAACACACAGGAAAAGGACAGGAAGGUCAAUGAUAUGUAA